AUGGUUAGAUCGGAUACAGAGCUCGCUCUCGAGCCGGAAGAAACGGAUAGCCAGUAUGGAAUGCGGCGCGUCUCAAAGAAACAUCUAGUCGUUUUGUUUGUGGUGUUCCUAAUUUUACUAAAAAUAAUAUCAGUUAAAAGAGAGCGCAGCAAACAGGCGAGAGAAAAACUCAAACAGGCGGAGGCAGCGGGCGAAGAGGUACACUUGCCGGAAGGUGGAGUGUUUUUGCCAGAAGGGGAGCCUCAAGAGGCAUUACCGCCUAAGCAACCAGCAGAAAAGGAGGUCUUACCGAAGCAGACGCCUCCCUCCGGGGUAGUUGGCGUUCCUCAGGUGCAGCCAACUGCUAAAACGGCUAAAGUGGAGCAGCGCGAAGGAAUCCCAGGACGCGGUGCUGUCACGAUAACUGAGCGGGACGCAGAACUACAGGAAUUGAGAGCAGAGUGUAGCGCCAUCAGUAGGCUGUUUUAUGUUGUGAGUCACCUGGUCAAUGAACUGCCUCGUCAGGAAGCCAAAGAGUACGCAGAUGCAUUGAUAAGUAAUGUGAACACUGCUGAAAAGGCUUAUAAGGAAUACGGUGAUGCGAAAGGCCGUGGGGACCCAAACACUACGCAGAUUCGGACUCAGACGGUCAACGUAAUGAACCAAUCCCUUCAAGUAGCAAAGGAUUCCCUUUUGCAUUUGGCAACACUCGCAAAAACCCAUGGUGAGGCAGUGGAGGCCUAUUGCUCCCAGGGAAUCCAUUUUACAGACACAUGGAAUUUGCGGACGCCCCUGUCGGGAAGCUUGGGCGCCUCCCCUUCGGUCAAAGUGUGUCUAGAGACGCUGAAAUCUGUGGAAGGUACAGUUUGGACGUUGCAACAGGAGAACAAGGAAGUUGUUGGGCGCUUAAAGCAUGCGGAAUUGAUAGACAUGAGCGAUAUAAGCGGUUUCGCCGAUAUUUACGGAAUCGUUGCUGCCCUGAACUUCAGGCAGUAUACCUUGGAACGUCUGGCUGCACUUGACAGUGCAGUGAGACAAGAUAUCCUAGAAAUGCAUAAGGCGAUUAUGCUGUCGAAACUUCAGAAAGAACGUAUACCGCUCGAGAUUGAUGCAGAUUUAGUCAUUGGUAUUCAUGUGCUAUUGUCGGCGACUCGCCCAUCAUAUGGGUGGCAGCCGGCUUCUGGAAUAUCAAACGAAGAAAUAGAAGACGUGAAAAUAUUGUUUUCUCAGCAAUAUCAAGAAGUAGAAGCCAUGAAGUCUGCGCAGGACGUUGAGGGUGUUACAGCUGCGUACGAGCGAGCGAAUUCAUACAACCAAAAGCUCCAGUAUAUGUUGCCAGUGUUGAAAGAGAGGCUGCAUGCAGUUCUGCAGAGCCAGCCGUUGACCAAGGAAGAAGCAGCGGCUGCAUCUAAGAAAAUGGAGGGCAUUGCGAAUGCUGCUAUUGAAGAUAGCGAGCAACUCUGGGAGGUUUGCCAAACUGCUUAUGAAUAUGUUGGAGGCAAUCCUGAAGAAGUUGCGCUUGGUGUUGGUGUCGGAAAAGCUCUACUGCAGAAGUUGACAACUAUGACCAAAUCCAGUACGGAUGAGCAAGAAGAGGAUGUUACCCGUUAUGACAGUGGCAUCGUAGGUACUGUCAGAAAGUACUUCACUGUGCCUACGACUCAAAUUGAAAAUUAUGCGAGGGACUUCUGGGUGAAAGCGCAAGAAAUAUUGGAGUCAACGAGGAAGGGAAAAAAGUACAAACUGGAUAAACAAGAAUUUGGAUCUUCCGCAUUGGACAAGAAAAUCGCGGAAAGGGUCGAUGUGGCAACUAAAAAGGGCCUUGUAGUAGUUUUACGCCUGCGAUUCCGAUAUCUUUCUAGAAUAGCGGCUGAGAUUGCGGAACUUGAAAGGCUCGUGGACACGAUACCCGCUUUACCAUUCCGGAGCGCAACCGACGAAUGGAACAACCUUCAGAGACAAUUCUCCCAGGAAAAGGCAAAUGCCAGCAACGCGAAUGACCCCCAAAUGAUACCAGCAUGCGUUGACAGGAUGCUUCAGAUAUACUUGAGAAUGCAAACACUGGUUUUGAACGAUCGGUUACAGCUGCUUAACGAACCAGUCGAUUACCCCGCAACUGACCCUUAUUCCGCUGAUCUUUAG